CUCCUCCAUCCCAAGAUGAUAGCAAUCUCUGCUGUCAGUGGUGUGCUCUUGUUCUCCCUUCUCUGUGAAACAAGUGCAGUCGUCUUACUCAACGCCACUGACUCAUCCUCGCCAACCAAUAACUUCACUGAUAUUGAAGCCGCUCUCAAAGCACAUCUGAACUCAGCGGAUCUCCCCAAACCCAGGAAGAAGCGAUACAUCUCGCAGAAUGACAUGAUCGCGAUCCUUGAUUAUCACAACCAAGUUCGGGGCAAGGUGUUUCCACCUGCUGCCAACAUGGAAUAUAUGGUUUGGGAUGAAAACCUUGCAAAAUCUGCUGAGGCUUGGGCCGCCACAUGCAUUUGGGACCAUGGACCUUCUUAUUUAUUGAGAUUUUUGGGCCAAAAUCUCUCUGUACGAACUGGAAGGUAUCGCUCCAUUCUACAACUGGUUAAACCAUGGUAUGAUGAAGUGAAAGACUAUGCUUUUCCAUAUCCUCAAGAUUGCAACCCCAGAUGCCCUAUGAGAUGUUUUGGACCAAUGUGUACACAUUAUACACAGAUGGUCUGGGCUACUUCCAAUCGGAUUGGAUGUGCAAUCCAUACCUGCCAGAACAUGAAUGUUUGGGGAGCCGUGUGGCGGAGAGCAAUUUACUUGGUAUGCAACUAUGCCCCCAAGGGAAACUGGAUUGGAGAAGCACCAUACAAAGUAGGAGUGCCAUGCUCAGCUUGUCCUCCCAGUUACGGAGGAUCUUGUACUGAUAACCUUUGUUUUCCAGGAGUAACAUCAAACUACUUAUAUUGGUUUAAAUAAAUUAAAAUUUGCUCCUUCUUUAUUCAGUAAAAAGGUUUUCUGGGACAUCAAAGCUUGUAAAUUGAAUUUUGCACAUAUUAUGCAAAUUUUUAUAAUAAUCGUUUAUCAUUUGGUAUUCAUUUGUAUAAAUCAGCUUUUGUAUAGUACAAAUUCAUUUGACCCUUUGCAAAGUAAAAGAAGUAUUCACUGAUAAUGCCCCUGCACAAAUUAUUUGAAAAGAAAACAACAUAAAUCCUAAUGUGAAUGUCCUAAUUGUUUUUUAAAUGAAUUGAGUAAUAAUUUAUUCAUUUCCAAAAUGUCUUUUUCUUAGGGAAUAUUUCUUUAAGAAUAAGAUUGAUCUUUUACCAAUAAUAAGAAUGAAUUUAUGGUGUGGUUUAAUAUAUGAAAGAAUGUAAUUUAAUAUUGAAAUAGAGAAAUGUUUCCCUUUGAUUGUAAAAUAUGUGAGAUGAAGGAUAUGUUCAGGAGUACUUUAUUAUGGUGGUCUGUUAGGAAAUCUUGCACAAUGACACUCAGAAAUAUCUGGAACAACUUCAUUUCUGUUAGAAAGAUGGAAAAGGUAAAUCCUCCAGGGAUUUUCUUCUGAUUCACAACAGAUAGGUUUUUCCCAAUUACUUCUUAGCAACAAUUAGCUCAGACUUAAAAAGAAUUUAAAAAGCAAUAUGAUAUAGUGAUUUGCAUUCCUAAAUUUGUUUUGCCACUGACUUCCUGUGGGACCUGGGCAAGUUAAUUUUACACUUGUUUCCUGUAAUAGUAUUAUUAAUACGCCACAGACUCUUAGAAUGGGUGUGUGAUGACUGAAGUAGUGUGAUUUGAGAGAUGCUAAAAUAUUCUGCAGAUUAUUGAAAUGUAAAUUUAUAAAAUGGGAAGGGAAGGAAGGAAAGCAACAUUAGCACCUGUUAAUGUAUCAUUAAUACCUAGUUUAUUCAAUCCUGUGACUAACCCCUUAGAAAACAGGACUCUAAGAGAAUUAGCAUACAAGAAUAAUAGGAUUUGGGGAAGAACCUAAGGAAGGGAUGAAUAA